AUGCUUAAACUUAAAUGGUUAAAUUUAUUCUCUCUCAUUCUAUUGCCUUCAAAGGUUUUCGCUACCGAAGACUGUGCAACCUGUAUGGCCCCUUAUCAAGAAUGUCCAAGCAAUAACUUUAAUAAAUUGACUGGACUUCCUAAGGCAUCGAUUCUGGUAACUAGCGUGGUUUCAAAAGGAACUUCUUAUGAUAUUACGGUUCAUUUCCAAAGUACUGCCCUUCCAUAUUCGAUUGAUGCGUUGUGGGAAUUGAAAAUUACUCAACCCGUGAAUACUGCCAUUUAUUCUGUGAAUGAAGACAUAUAUGAGAUUGACGAUACUCGAGACUUUUACUACACCUUCAGUUUACCUGCUUCAAGUAUGAACGCCGGAACUUCCACUGAUGAAUUUUGUAUCCCUCCAAUCGCUUUUCAAUUCGAUCUUUGUACGGGCACAAAAAAUCCAUCGAGCGAAUGCUCGAAUGCCGUGUCUUACGAUUUCUUAACAGGUUGUGGUGAUCCAACUCAUUUUGCAGAUUCUCCAUAUUGUUUCAAGAAGUGCUCAGGUUCAUCAUCUGUUUCUACUCCACCUGUCCCUGCCUCAUCUGUUCCUUCCUCGGUUAAUCCUGCAUCAGCUGUUCCUGUUUCUUCGACUCCAGUUGAAUCAUCUGCACCUGUAUCGUCGGCUCCUGUUGAAUCUUCUGUCCCUGCCUCAUCUGUUCCUUCCUCGGUUAAUCCUGCAUCAGCUGUUCCUGUAUCGUCGGCUCCUGUUGAAUCUUCUGUUCCUGUUGCAUCUUCUGUUCCAGUUGAAUCCUCCGCUCCAGUCGAAUCUUCUGCUCCGUUGUCUUCCACACCUUAUGAAUCAUCUGUCCCUGCAUCAGCCGUUCCUGUUUUGUCGACUCCAGUUGAAUCAUCUGCACCCGCAUCGUUGGCUCCAAUUAAAUCUUCCAUUCCAGUUGAAUCAUCCGCUCCAGUUGAAUCAUCCACUCCUGUGGAAUCUUCUGCUUCGUUGUCUUCCACACCUUAUGAAUCAACUGUCCCUGCAUCUGUUAACCCUGUAUCAUCGACCCCGGGUGAGUCAUCCCAUCCGGCUCAAUCAUCUGGUCUGGCUCCAUCACUUAAUGUGCUGUCUACAAUUUAUGGCUCAUCUAGUGUAUAUACACAAACAGAAACGGAAGUAGAAACAAGAACUUUAACAAUAUGUGCUAAGCAUGGUCACUGUGCGACAAUAACUACUACCUAUUGUCAAUCCACGUCUGCUCCAGCAUCAGCAUCAGCGUCAGGUUCUGGUUCAUCUGGCUCUGGUUCAUCUGGUUCAUCUGGUUCAUCUGGCUCUGGCUCUGGCUCUGGCUCUGGUUCAUCUGGCUCUAGUUCAUCUGGCUCUGGCUCAUCUGGCUCUGGCUCUGGUUCUGAUUCAUCUGGUUCUGGUUCUGGUUCUGGUUCAUCUGGUUCUGGUUCUGGUUCUGGUUCUGGCUCGUCUAGUAUCACCUUUGAGCCUACUACGGUUAGCGGGAAACCGACUACUUUGGAAGCUGGUUCCUCAAUUGUAACAGAGGCAGGUUCUAGUUUGACAUCUUCAUCAGUGGUUUCCUUUGAGACAAUUCCUGCUUCAGGCUCCUCUUCUGUCUCUUCAGAAUCAGCCACUGUUAGUACCUUCGAAGGCUCUGCAAACUUUUUGCUUUCCAAAAAAUCAAUUUUGUCCGCAGUAGCUGCUACCUUUGCAGCCUUCUUGAUCUAA